AUGCCUGCGGAAACAAGUUUUGUGGUUCAGCAUAAACUUGCCUUGGCGGUCACUGCCGUCGUUGGUAUUGGUUCCAUUGCUGGCUUAGUUUAUCAUUAUAAGCAAUUGCAAAAUCAGAUAGAAUCAAACGAUAAGGAUGACACUUCAUCUGAUGCAAAGAAGUCAAAGAAGAAGAAGACUAGAAAGUCGAAGAAGUCAAAGAAGAAGAAGACUGUCGAACCCAAGAAUGUCCCCUAUCCGGUUAAUGAAAAAGGUGACCCCGAGGUUACGGAGGAAGUCGUUAAAAAACUCUCGGCCGCGGAGAAAGACAAGUGGGCUUCUGCCUUGAAAGAAAAGGGUAAUGAAUACUUCAAAGGAGAGGAAUAUUCGGCUGCUAUUGAUUUUUAUUCCAAGGCAUUGAUCUGCAAAGAGGAUCCCGUUUACUUUAGUAACAGAUCUGCUUGCUAUUCUGCCUUAGGCGACAAUGAGAAUACCAUUUUGGAUACCACUAGAGCCUUAAAGAUCAAUCCUGGAUAUACCAAGUGCCUCCUUAGACGUGCCAGAGCUUACGAGAACCAAGAAAAGUACCCGGAAGCAAUGUUUGAUUUGACGGCUUUAACUAUAUAUGGUGGAAUGAAUGAUGUCUCGAAUGAGUCUAUGCUUGAGAGAAUUCUAAAGAAGCAUUCUGCAAAGAUAAACAAGGAAAAGUACUCUAAUUUGCCUAAGGUUUUACCAUCUGCUUCAUCCCUUUCAUCCUUCUUUGGAGCAUUUUCCGCUGAAGAUAUUGAUUUGGAUGUCAGCCAUUAUGCUGAAGGAUCUGGUGAGAGAUUCUUAGUGGAUGCUCUUAAUGAAAUGAAACUGGACACCGAGGAAUCCUAUAAGAAGGCAGAUGUGCUAAUUAACCAGUCAGUUUCUAUAUUUGACAAGUCUACAGAGGGUGUUGACAAGAAAAUUAUUGCGCUUGCCUACGAAUAUGCUGGUGCUUUCACUUUUUUAAAGGCAGAUGCCGAUAAAAGCUUGGAAUACAUGGAAAAAGCUCUUGAGACAUCUCCAAGACCAAGGACAUAUGUCAUUAUGGGAUUGAUCAAAGCAGAUAAAGGUGAUUAUGUUGGAGCAGAUACCGAGUUUGGCAAAGGUAUUAAACUCAACCCUGAGGAUCCUGAUAUCUACUACCACUAUGGACAGAUCUUCUAUCUAGUGGGAGAUUUGACUAAAGGUGAAGCUAACUUUGAGAAGGCUAAGAAAUACAAUCCUCACAAUGUUUACUCGUACAUUCAGUUGGCAUGUCUUGCAUACAGGAAAGGGGAUAGUUCAAAAUGCGAUAAAUUGUUUAAAGAGGCCAAAUCCAAAUUCCCUACCUCUCCAGAGGUGCCUAAUUAUUAUGGAGAGAUUCUCUUUGAUAGACAAGACUUUGAUGGUGCUUUGAAGCAGUUUGAAAUUGCCGCCAGACUCCAAGAAGUCCAUAAUACCUUUAAUAUUGGUGCCUUGCCGUUGAUCAAUGUAUCUGGUAUCUAUCAGAAGAAAGGUGACAUCGAGCAGUGUGUUAAGGUUUUGAAGAAAGCUUGCGAUCUCGACCCAAAAUCGGAAGUUGCCAGAUUAAAUUUGGGACAAAUCUACCUUUCACAGCAGAAGGUUGAUGAAGCUAUCAAGAUCUUUGAAGAGGCUUGCUUGUUGGCAAGAUCUGCAGAUGACAGGGCUCAAGCCAUAUCAUUAAUGGAGGCCUCCAAGAUGCAACAAAAGAUCAGACAGGACCCUGUUCUAAGCAAGAAGGUCCAGGAGAUCCUCAGUUCCAUCCCACCACAAGUCUAG